AGAGCUCUCAGCUGCAGUCAGUGCUCCUGGAUCUCACUCUUCCGCUCAGACAAGUUGGAGCAACCUGACCCUCACCUCUGUUGGCCCUGGGACAAACGGCCACAUGGACACAAGCUGGACAUAUUUUAUAAAGACACAAAAAGAAGCAAGCAAGAACUCUGUUGACAGUUGUCUUUAAAAUUCUCAAUCAGGUUUGCUGUUGUAGCUCAAGAUAAUUCUUUUAAAAAGGAUUUGAUUUCAAGUUCUGUGAAGAUAAGCUUUAAAUACAUUUAUGGUUCAACAAGUUUAGAGCUCAUUUCAAGAGAGGUUUCUGUCAAGAUGAAGAGCCACAGUUCUUGAGAGACUUGACGAGAUGGGAAAAUGGGAGAUAACAAUGAAUCCAGUGCAGGAGUGGGGUGAGGAGACCGAGGACGGAGUGGUGUACGGAGUCACUCUGCGCCGGGAGCCCGUUCUCACGUCCCCCAGCCCCGAUGAGACCAGCUCAACAUGCUGUGGCUUCAUCCAGUACCGAACCUACAAGGUGCGGCGCCUGAAGGCUGCCACCCUGGACCAGCUGGUCAGUCACCUCCUCAACUGUAGAAACCAGGAGCACGACUACAGCCGGAUCUUUCUCUCCACAUACAGAACUUUUACCAGCACAACAAAGCUCAUAGAGAUGCUCUUUCACAAAGACAGUACUUCCUUUGAUCUUGACAAUGCUGAUUACACCAAGAGCUCUCUCCUGACCUUCGUUCAGACAUGGUUGGAGGAGUACAGUGAAGACUUCAGGGAUCCUUCGCUGCAUCCGGCGCUCAUGCUGCUGUUGGAUCACCUAAGGAUCAGCGCCGCAGUGUACGGCGACAUGCACAGCCAGCCCAACUUCUGCUCAUUGGCGAGUCAAGCCGAGGAGCUGCUCGACAGGUUCCACAAAGAAGAAGUAGCAUCAAAGGUCGACUCUGCUGCAGCAGACCUUGACCAAGAUGAGGAGGUAUCGGUUGAUGAGGACUCAGAAUGUGAAAACUCACUAGGUCAAGGCAACGUCAUGGACUUCUCCGCUACAGCCAUUGCAGAACAGCUCACCCGAAUAGACUCUGCUCUGUUCAUCAAAGUGGCUCCCUACCAGUGUUUGGGMUGCAUGUGGUCCCAAAGAGACAAGAAGGAGAACAUGUCUCCCACCAUUCGUGCCACUAUUGCCCAAUUCAAUGCCAUCACCAACUGGGUCAUUGCGUCCCUGCUCUGCCCUCCUUGCACGUCCUCCCGUGUGCCUCCCACAUCAGCGGUGCAGAGGGCUCGCAUCAUAGAGAAGUGGAUCAAAGUAGCACAGGAAUGCCGUCGCUURAAAAACUUCUCUUCUCUGAAGGCCAUCCUGUCUGCCCUUCAUUCAAAUGCAAUUCACAGGCUGAGGAAGACUUGGGCUGCUGUUUCAAGAGACAGCACAGCUGCAUUUGAAAACCUCUGGAUGACUUUUCCUGAYGAGAACUGUGUUCUGAUCAACAAAGAGCUCCUAGUGGAGGAUGGAAACCAAGCCACAGUGGAUAACGUUUCUCCAAAGAUACCCAAGAAGUGUCAACUCCUCAGACAGAUGAGUACCUCCAGUGGAGUGGUUCCUUACCUGGGCACCUAUCUGUCCAGCCUCACCAUGUUGGACACAGCUCUGCCAGACACUGUGCAGGGUGGACUCAUAAACUUUGAGAAGAGGAGAAGGGAAUUUGAUAUCCUUUCACAGAUUCAGGGGAUGCAGGCGUCAUGUUCCCAGUAUAAUCUCCCUCAUUACCCUAAAAUCACUGCUGGUAUACAUGAACAUAAGCCGCUUACUGAUCAGGAGAGUUAUGAACUUUCAAGAUGUCUCGAGCCUCCGGUUGACACGUGUUCUCCACCGUCCUGCAACAAACGCUCCCUCACCAAGAAACUCUCCUUUUUGUUGCCACAAAUCGAUGGUUCUAGGAAACUCCCAGCUGACCAAAUCAGUGUUUCGUCUUCUGGAUCCAGCGGUUCUGAGAUGGAGGAUCUGUCUUUUCCACAUCUGUCCCGUUCCACCCGACCUCAGUCCUUCCACAGCUCUUGCAGCAACAUGUCUGAGGCCUUCUCAUCCUCUUUGUCCUCCCCCUGCCCCUCAGCAGUUUCCUCGUCAGAGUCUCCUUCUCCCUCCAGCUCCUCUCCUGACUGCAGCACAGACCUCUGCUCGGCAGCCUCGCACCCUACUCCUCSUCUGGCCUCCCAUCACAAACGCUCCGUUUCCAUGAACUCCCUGCCCGUGUAUAACMAUCAGGGGGCCGACUCCUGCAUCAUCAGGGUUAGCGUGGACGUGGGCCAAAACAAUGGCAACAUGUACAGAAGCAUUCUGUUAACCAGUCAUGAAAAAACUGCUCAGGUGAUUCAGAGAGCUUUGGAGAAGCAUCACCUGGAACACAUGAACAGGCAGGACUUCACCCUGACGCAGGUCAUCUCACAGGAAAGAGAGUUGCACAUACCAGAUAAGGCAAACGUCUUUUAUGCCAUGUCCACAACUGCAAACUUUGACUUUGUACUGCGUCAGUACCACAAAUGCCAGAAGAAACCCCUGAGAACAACUAUGAGUCUUGGACGGUUGAGAAAGUGAGCAUUUCAAGUCUGCAAACGGAACUGAGCCUAUUGGACUCUCAAAGAAAAAUUGAUUUUGAAUUUCUACGAAAUGUCUCUGCAAUGAUUUUGUGGAUACUGGCAGAAAUUCAAACAGCCGUUUAACAAAUGUAGCAAAAGCACUUUAUGAAGCUAAUAUCAACUGGGAGGAAAAGGACUUGAAAACCAUCCAGAUGUGUUUUAUGUUGAAAAGAACUUCAGUCAAACCAGGUGAUGAAGUGUGUCGGUAAACUCAGAUUUAUUAGCAACCAGGAAAAAACGCAGAGCCUCCUCUGACCUGCGCAUGCACAACAUACUUGACAUUUUUCCUGAGACAAACGUGAAGAAGCUCUCGUCCAGCUCUCUAAAGCAGCGGCGAGUCACGAGCUGUGUGCUUUUAGAAAAGCACUGGUGUGCGGAGGUUGGUUCUCUUCAGUGGGCUCUGAGCCACAUCGGGUGACACGUAGCUCCACCUGAGUCUUCAGGGAGGCGGCGGUGGAGGAGGAGKGGUUAUUGCCUGGGAACUUCUAGAGUGACUCCUUCAGCUAGGCCGUGUUAGUCACCAUCUGCAGCGCAGAGCUCCAACUGGAUGGACGACAUUCCUGAAAGCAGUUGGACGACUCAGACUCAGAAUCCCCUCAUGUGCCCACGUCGCUGCUUUUACGUUAAACCGACAUGAAGAAGAGACAAUUAUUUGUUUCUGUGAGACUACUUGUUUUUGUWUUUAUUUUAAUUUGUAUUUAUUUUGAAAUGUGCUUGUUUUCUGUUUGUAAUCUGACCUUUAAUGUAACAGGUGAAAUAUUUGAGAACCAGUUCUCAUUUAGAAACAUGACCACUGUGAUUCACUUUAACUGCACCUUAGAUGACUCUUUACUAGACUGUCUCCUGACUAGAAGGAAAACUUUUAUUUUAAGUACUGCACGACUCAUUGUUUUGAAAUGCCUCUCAUUGUUAUUGUUUUAGCAACGUGCCAGAUUUUAAUGGCAAUUUUAAUGGAAGUGUUGACCCUGUAUGUUUUUUAUUGGAAUCAUUCACGGCAAAAGUUGGCUCUUACUUCUGAACUUCAUUGAAACCCUAAUGCGGAAGGUUAUGAGGAUAAAACACAKGAAAAUUUCUCUCAGUGACAUCAACUAACAAAGAUAAAUGAGGAUAUGAUUUUCCAAAGCUUCAGGCAGAAGUUGUACAACAGAACUUGUAUUCACAGAUUUUAUUACCCUGAACAGGCCUAACCCUGAUAUUCUCCUCUCUUUCUUGAAAACCCACUUGUUUGUUUGCAACAUGUUGUCUUUGUCAGAGCUUUCUUCUUGUCUGUGAACUGUGCUCUCUGUCCACCUAUUGGUUUCAGUUCUUGACCCUCUUGCAGCCUUUGGGUCAAAAUGACCCACAASAUAAACKGAGGCCUUGUGGGACAUCUGAAUAAACGCAUGAAUUCAUUUUAAUGAACAGUUUUAAUCCAAAAUUUGAUAUUCAUCAGCAAAACAUUGUUUUUUUAAGAAACCCUAAUAAACAUAUUUGUUACACCAAAUGA